CGCCUAUGCAAAACUCUCUCUGCUUUUAAUGCUUCUAACGUUCUUCUAACUAUCUUUGGUCUUAAGUCAGGCUGCAGGACUGCAAGCUUCGAGAUCUGGCAUAGGCUUUUGAGAUCGUUUUUUGUUGUUGUUUCAAAAACCUUUGUAAAUGGCGAUAAUCUUUUAUAUUUUUUCGUGUACGAUAUAUACAUAAUUCUACAACUGUAAAACAAUAAUAUUCACAACAUCAUGGACAAGAGAAUUGGCGUUAGGAAUUACUUGCCACCACCUGCACGUCAAAUGAUUUCGCCCGAGAGAUUAAAAAAACUCAGCAGUCUUGUGUGUAUAAACCUGCCGACUCAACUCAUGGACAGAAGCACUUUUAGGAAACACUUUUCAAAAUAUGGAAGGGUGACCAAGUUCAGCGUCACUCCAGCUAAGAACUCGGCACAUGUUCAUUUUGAAACUCACGAAGAUGCAGCAAAUGCCAAACAAAAUGCAGGAAGAGGGUUUACAGACACUUUCAAAAUUCGUUGGGGUGAAAUCCAGCCUAGAAAAUCUUCUAUUGAUUUGGAUAAGCCUCAUCCCUCAAGUGAGGUGCUGCAAGAAUUAGAAAGUAUGUCUCAGCAAGGCGGAUACUUAACAAGUCAAAGGGGCCAAGCAGGACCUUCAAAGCAAGCCAGGAUUGACAACUUCUUUCAGGCAUCUCCACCAACCUCCAGCAACCCAUUUUCUGCCAAACUUACUUCUCAGUCCCCCUCACCAAAUUUAUUUGGAAAGACCAGUCUGUUUCCGCCUAAAGCUCAAACUGGGAACCCAUUUCAGAGCAAUGACAAACCGCCACAACUUUUCCAGCCUGCAGACAAGCCGAAACCACUUUUUGGAAUACCUGCCAAAUCCAGUACAUCUAGCACAAAAGCUGCAAAACCCUCAAUUUUCAGUGGCAGCAGUCAGUUCCCAUCAAAAAACCCACGGAUUUUUCAGGCAGUAGAGUCAAGACCUGCUGCCCCAACACCACCAACGCAGCAGCCAACUCAGAAGCCUCAGUUGUCUACAGAAAAUCUUGGAUUGCUGUCAACCGUGCGAAAAGCAGCACACUCAGAUGAAAGCAAACUGGUUGUGCUUGAAGCAAGGGAUAAGCUGUGUCGACUGACAAUGGUCAAGAGUUCAAGCCUGGCUACAGCUGUUAAAACUAUAGGGACUUGUCCAGACAUGUGCCCAGAGCGAGAGAGAUAUCUUCGGAUUGAUCGAAAACAAGUCUCGCAGUAUGAAACAAGAAAUGGAGAGCCAGCACACCAAUUCUUUGUGAAAGAGUACUCUCGUAGCUCUGCAGAUCAAGAACUGCCGCUUUCUCAUGACCUACGUCCCUCACCUGUCCUUCGCAUUACAAUGAACUACCUUCUCUCCCAAAUUGCAUCAAGGGUGGAAGUUCCAGGUGAACAUCUAGGUGAAUGGUUCCUGUUUUUGUGGGACCGAACCAGGGCCAUCCGAAAGGAUGUCACUCAGCAGGAGCUGUGCAAUGAAGACGCUGUAAUUUUGCUGGAGCAGUGUGCAAGGUUCCACAUCGCCUGCGCUGCAAGACUUGCUGAUGAAGAUGUACAUGACUUUGACCCGAAAAUAAACUCUGAGAACUUGGCAAAGUGUCUGCAAACUUUGAAGCACCUCUACCAUGAUAUGGGUCUGAAAGGAAUGGCCUGUCCAAAUGAAGCUGAAUUCAGAUCCUACAUAGUUCUGCUCAACCUCAACACUGGUGACGCUAUUUGGGAGGUGCAACAACUAAGUCCUGAAGUGCUAGCCUCUCAGCCUGUGCAGAAUGCUAUCAAAGCAUACCUCUCACUAAGCACGCACAACUAUGUCAACUUCUUCAAAGUGGUCCGCAACAUUGGAUAUUUGCCUGCUGCCAUUUUGAUGCGCUACUUCACCCAAGUUCGUUCCAAGGGACUGGAAAUUCUAAUGCGAGCCCUCUGUCAAUCGAUCAAAGCCUCCUACCCAAUCCCUCUGAACGAACUAGUUCGAAUAUUGGCAUUUGAGGAUAUUGCAGAUGCGACUGAAUUUUGCCAACACCACGGUCUUGAAACUUCUUCUGAAACCGUCGUGUUCAGUAGGACCACUUUCAUGAAUCCAGAAUCCAACAUUGCCCUGAGAAGGGCUAAGAAUGUCGUGGAGAGCCAGCUUAGAGUAUCUUUCGCAGAAGCCAUUGCUGGUUAUCCAAUGGCUGAGUUUAACCGAGAACCAAGUAUCCCAACUUCCAGCUUUGAUUCAAACACUGGAAUGCUCUAUUCAGAGGUUUUGAAAAGCAUUGAAGAGAAGGCCACUGUUCCAGUACCAGAAACAAGCACCAUUACCUUGUCUAAGGGAAUUUUCUCGGGCCAGUCACUCUUCCCUCAACCUGGGCAAUCCAUUUUUCCAACAGCACCUCAAAAGAACGUGCAGAAAGCUGUUCCUACUUCUCCCCAGUCGCUCUUUGGACUAAAGCCAACUGUCAGCAAACCAUCACUUGGAAUCCAAACUAGAGCAAAUAUGCAGAAGAUUGAGUUCAUCGCUUCAGCGACCUAUGAUAGUAUGGUUGAAAAGCUUGUUCAAAGUGCGACCAAGGAAAUCGUAGCCGAGGAAUUGAAGACCUUCAAAGCGAGUAAAGUGGCUCAGAAAGUUACUAUAAAGCACAUGCAGCAGAUUGUUGAUCAGUUCGCCAAAGAAAUCUGUUCAAGUGAACUUGCAGCAGCAAAACAAGAGGAAAAAGCCAGGCGAUUGGCUGAGCUACAGUUAAAACAAAGAGAGCUUGAGCGACGCGAGGCCAUGGCACUCCAGGCGACUCGGAUAACUAAAGAGUGUAUAUCUAGUGUUGCUGAAGAAGAAAUCAGGAAGAUGGUAUCAAUGGAACUUCAAAGGCAGAAAUCACUACAUAUUUGGACACAAAAUACCAGCGCCAAAGUCCUGAGCGAAACUUUUCAAGAAUUGGUGCUCAGGAUUGCUUCUGAAGAGCUGUUGCACGCCCAAGAGCAGUGGAGGUGUCAGGUCAAAAAGCUUGAAACUAAACUCCAGCAGGCUAGAGCUUGCCGAAUGUUGCUGAAGUGGCGAGAUUUGGUUCUGGUAAAGAAGGAAAGAAGAAGGAGGAUGGAAGGCUUUCCUGCAGGCAGAUCAUCGCUCAGCAUUGCAGAGCAAGCUCAGGAAUUUUGCGUUGUUUCCCCUGACCGACCAGCUACAUUCUGGACCAAAAAGACUCGGAUUUCUUUCCCAAAAUCAAGAACAAUUGGGACCCAAAGCCUGCCGCUGGUAGGAAUAGAUUCCAUAAGUUCUAUUCUAAAUGGACACCAAAGGUUGGCACCCUUUUUAGUUGGAAAUUACAAAGUCACUGCAGGAAUCUGGCGACUGGUUCUCUCAGUGCCAUCUGAUGAUCUUGAGCUUAGAACCUGGGCUGAGCUUUGCAUUGCAAGAGGCAGACUCUCAUCUCAAGGGGGAAGCACAAUUUACUUCAGUAAUGAUGUAAUCAUGAGGCUAGAGCUUGUGAUUGGACUCUCAUCAACUGAUUCUGACUUCAAUGCUCUUGCGUUAGUCGUUAAGGACCAAACGGAAGCUGCUGCUAGGUUAGAACAACUCCUGCGCGAUCCUCCGCCUGUGCCUGUGGCACUAUUGAUGCUAGGAAAACAAAUUUUGAGUCCUGAUUUGGACUUGGUAAUGCAGAGAUUGUGUGAGGCGGGAGCCUUGUUUGACGUGAAAUCCUUUGAGCUCCCAGAAGAACCAGAUUCUUUUGGAGAGGUCCAGACUGCCAUGGAGUGGCUGGCUUUACAGAGCAAAGACUCUAUCGAUUCAUAUGUAGCAACUGAAGCGGCAGAUCUUGUAUUGAGUGUCAUGCAAGAGUCCUUCUGGCAAAAUACCCUGUUUGCGAGUGGCCCCAAAACUGAGGCGCAACUGAGUGCUUUGCAAAGAAAUCCUGCACUGUGCACUGAAAUUGCGAAUUCCGCUGUGGACUUUGUUGCAAGCUUAAUUUCUGAGGUCAUAAAACUUCAUCCAGAGGAGGAGUCGUUAAUAAAAAACUGUUGUUCAAAAUUACCACCAUAUUGGAAUCAGAAUGAGUUCAGGCAGAAGACCUCUAAGAUGCUGAGGCAAUUGAAAGUGCCAGAUCUCGAAUUAGAUGUGGAAUCCCUCCAUAGUGCGAGUUGGCCUGCUAUUCUUGACGUGUUAUCAGAAUUCUGCUUCAAAUUACCUUUGGAUCCAUCUCAAAGCAGUUUACUAAAUAGUUGGUUGUCUCACCAAGUGUUAUCAAUCAAUUCAAACUGUGGCAAAACCGUUGCUGACUUGCCCUGGCCAAAAUUGAUAGAGGAUACAACAAAGGAAUUCAUUUCAUCCUUGAACCUCACAGAUCCAUUCAACUCUUCCAGACCAACUUUGGUUGUUGCCAUAAGUAAGAAGCAAUUAGAAUCCGUGAUGUCUUUCAAUUGGUGUAACAAACAGUUGUUGCACAAGAUAGACCAAUGCUGCAUGAAACAGGAGAAGGAAAUGGUGGAAGCCACUGAGGAAAUGCCUGUUGCUGACAAAAAAUCAUCUUUGGAAAAUUUACAUGGCAAACUGCAGUUGUUGCUUAUGGGAUUGGCAGAAUGCAAAGAAAACCGCUGCAGGAUUGAAGAGAAAAUUCAACUAAGUGCCUAAGACAGCAAAUUUUAUGAAUCCCACUUGCGUCAACCUUUUCAAAUAAAUUUAACUCGCUAAUUAAACUUGA